AUGUUAUUGGGGGAGAGCCCCAAAAAGAAAAAGAAAACAAAAAAAUAUUUCCCCAACCCAUCCCGUCCAAACCUAACCAUUACUUCACUUCCUUCAUCUCCCUCUACAGCAGCUCCGGUUCCAUCUUCCUCCAACCACCAACCACCAACCACCGGCUACGGCGACCACUCCUCCUCCUUUAUCUCUCUCCCUUGCUCGCGCUCUCGCUUUUUCUCUCUCAAACACCCACAGAAUUGGAAACCUGAUCAAUUUCUUGUGGGUUUUGUAGUGCUCUGCCUCAAUUUGUUUGCUUUGGCUGUUUUCUGUUCUGGGUUGAGGAUGGAGGCUAGCCAAUCCAAUACGCUAAAUGCCUCAAUUAGUACACCUUCUAUUAAACUCGAAACCCAAGCUCAACCCUAA